UGUGUAUUAACAAUUUAAUGGAAAUGUUUUGCUUGUUUAUAUUAGAGGCCCUGAGUGUCUGACCCAGAUAUUACACCUGUAUAUUUAUUGUCUAUGUAAGCCACUGAUUGCUGUUUGUUUACUUGAUCUUCAAUGAACUAUACUCUUAUCAACUAUAAACUAUUAAUCAAUUACUGAUACACAGCAGAGAAAUGGGAGGCUUCAUCAUGCAUUGUGUGACAGAUACACUGAGUCAUUUAGCCUCAACACAUGAUGCAAUUACAUAAAAAGACUAGCAUAAAUGGGAAUAUUGGCUUUUUCCUUCUCAACAGCAAAGUUCAGCAGAACUGCAGGACAGAAAUAGGAACGUUACGUUUUGCAAUCUGACUUCAUCUUUUUUGCCUGCAACAUCCUUCCUUAGUGGGGUCUGCUGCCUGCAGGCUGCCUUGCAGCGCUAAAAGAAGGCCUAAAUACUUCCUUCCACAUUGAAAGUGUUUAGAGGAAUUGGGACACUUCUGUUUUAUGUGUUUGUGCAACUCCGCCAGAAACAGUGGUAUUGAAUUGCAUAAGAAAUGAAGUGUAUACUUGGUAAGCAGAUGUCUGGGGAAAGACUAAAGUUGUGGUGUGGAAUUUCUUUCAGAAAUAUUUGAAAACUCCCGUAAAUGUGCAAAGUAACAUCUGUUUUAUUUUCUAUAUUUGGCAGCGGUGGCUCAAAUCCAGCUGCAUGAUCUGGAUCAGUGUUGUCCAACUUUGAUAAUCUUUUUAAGAAAAUGUAAUCUCUCAAACGUGAUUUUAGCUUGCAACACAUGAAUCCCCUGUGUCUGUUCCAGAUGCCCAGUUGGUGCGCUUUCUUCCUUCUUUGGUGCAUAAUGAGCUGCGUGGAAUCUGCUCCUUCAUCGCCAUUUGUCCAGAAAAAUAAAUACAAGAACUCAUUUCGUCUCACAAGAUCCACGCGAACCAGGGUUCAGAACCUUCUGAAGAAAUAUAAGGAGCAGCAGAUGGGAAACGUACAUUUCGAGGACCGAAGCCACCGCUUGAGAGAUCUGCCUUUGCUUUCCACCGACUUCAGCAACUGGCUUCAGCUGUCGGACUGGGACCGUCUAGACGGCGCGUUCAGGGACAUCCAGUCCUACUGGAGCAUGCUGGAGAGGAAAAGGAAGCAGCUGGAGAAGGAGCAGAACACACAAAGGACGGCAGCCAGUUUGCUUCAGAGCAUCAAACACAUUCAGCUGGAUUUACGGGACCUGAUGAGCCAAGUCAGCAGUCAGAUGAGAGUUGUAAGGAGUUCCUGGGUCAGACCGACGCCUGCUGCAACGCUCCAGAACCGACAGAGGAGCUCCAGAACCGUGUGGGAAUGCACAGUGGAGGGCUACAUCAUUCUCAGGGACUUAAACCUUUACCUCACCAAACUAGCAAGGGACUUUCUUCUGCUGGCCUCCAAGACACACUUGUGACACAAAAGACUGCUUAGACAGAAGACUUAGGACAAAAACUGAACCAUCAGCCCACAGCUAUGGGAUUAACAGCUGUAUAACGUUAAUCUGAACAUUGGAUUACUUUUUUUUCAAUGAUGUACUUCUGAAUAUCCCAGGGCUUUUUGGGGGUAUUUCCCAAAGUUUCUAUCUGUCCUCUAAUUGGAUGUUAGACACAUGUCUCCAACAGACGUCCCAACAUCCUGUUUUUCCGCCGCCUCAGUCUUCAGGACUUUCCAAAGAAGUAUUUGCUAUUUAUUAUUAUUAUAAUAUUUAUUAAUGUGCUAUUUAUUUUUAAAGUGGUUUAUUUGAACAUUUCAUGAGUAGAGAAAUAGAGUUUUACAGAACGUAUUUUGUACUGAACAGUGUUGCUGAAGAGUUUCAAUAAAUGAACUGAGAAAAACAGUGAAGACUUCAUGUUUCUAACACUUAAAUAGUUAAUAGUAGUUGCUGUAAGUCAAUGUAUAACAUAAGACAUGUUUCAUACUUUCAGGCAGCUCCAAACCAACAGCUAUGAAAGGUUUGGAGUCAGAGUCCUUCAGUCUUGGUUAUAGCGUCUGAUCUGACAUUUGAGUAAAGGGUCAUUUCACUACUUUAAAAAAAUCUAGACGAAAGUUGCUCAGCUCAAGUUCAAGAUCUAAAAACAAUUAAAAUGGUCAAAACUCGGUUCAAUUAUUACACAUAAGGUUCUGAUUUGAGACACUUGUAUUUAAAUUAUUUAUUGAUGCAACAAAGCAUUGGCAAGUUACCGGUACCAAGAUAUUGAUUUUUAAAGAGAUGCUCCAGCAUUUUGAAGUGCUUUAUUGAGAGAAAAUUAUCAGAGUUUUAUUUAGCAUUUUGUAGUGUUGACCCUCCCUUCCCACACAUCUUUCUUGAUUACAAGAAAGGCAAAUUUGGCUGCUUGAAAGUAAUUCUGGUUUUGAAAAAAACAUCGAUAAAUGCUAUAUAUUGUGAAAACUAU